UCUUUGCUUCCACAUUUACAUCAUGAUUUUCUGAAGAUUUUAUUUAUUUAUUAUAUCCUAACUAAUAUUUUGUUAGAAAUUUAGAAUCAUUUGCAUUCACAAACAGGAGUUGAAAAGGAAAACUACUGAAAGCAACCAUGAGAGGGGAUCAGGGGAGUGAUUAGUGUGUUAUGAUUAACAAAUGAAUAUGACUUUGCCUCUUUUCAGUGCCCAAUUUCUUGAGAUUCUGGCUGUUCUGCACCCAAAUAUUAAACAAUUAAAUGCUUUAUAGUAUAAAAUUAAAAAGACAUAUCUAUAUUUAUUAAGAAAGACGCAAAUUGAUCCACUUUUCCCAAACCCGAAUAUAACCUGUCCAUAGAUUAUUAGAUUUAAUAGAAUUUGAGUUGCUUCCACUUCCAAGGAGAGAUUUGCUUCAAAGCAAGGAACAACUUCUCCAAUGGGGACAGAGAAGCAGAGCUCAAAGGGACAAGCAUGGCUUUGUGCCACAGGCUUAUCUAGCAACAUAGAAGUAAAAGUGCAUGAUAUGACAUAUCAUCUCAAUAAGGUCCUUCUAAUGUCCAAAAGCAGAAAACUUCACCAGCUCAUUAUAGAGCAAGAACAGAGUGACGAGAAGAACGAACGCCAUGAAGAAGAAGAAAACGGCUAUACUCCUCCGAUAAGACUUGAGAAUUUUCCCGGAGGUCCAGAGAUUUUCGAGAUGGUUGUAAAGAUAUGGUACGGCGUCAAAGUCAACCUCUCUACUUCCACAGCUGUUCUACUUCGCUGCGCCGCCAAGGAACUAGAAAUGACCGAAGAGUACUCACCGGACAAUCUUGUUUUGAAGACGGACAACUUUCUUUCACACUCUGUCUUCCGUAACGCACAAGAAACAGUUACAGCCCUAAAAGCGUGCGAAUCAGUCUCUUCUUUAGCCGAAUCAAUCGGUAUAACGAAAGCGUGCAUAUACUCCAUCGUCUCCAGAGCUUCUUCUUCUUCAUCAGCCGAUCCUUCGCUGUUCAGCUGGCCAAUGAACAACGGAGACUCAACGAAGAAACAGAACAAGGGUUCUAAACUGGAGGUUUUGUCGGAAGAUCUGUCGGAACUGAGCUUUCCGAUCUUCAAACGUGUAGUACAAGCAAUGAAAGCCAAAGAACUGAGUGACAGCAUAAUAGAGACCUCUCUGAUUGGCUAUGCCAAGAAACACAUCCCGGGAAUCACGUCAAGGUCAUCAUCAACCAUAGCGUUGGAGAACAAACAGAGAGAGUUGCUGGAGACGAUCAUCGCGUAUCUUCCUGUCUCGGUAACUUCAACGACGACGAGGGCUCUCUUCGGCCUUUUACGAUCGGCCAUCAUACUCAACACCUCCGAGAAAUGCCGCACGGUCCUGGAGAUAAAGAUCGGUUCCCAUUUGGAGAAAGCGACGCUUGACGAUCUGCUCAUCCCAAGUUACUCCUACCUCAACGAAACGUUGUACGAUGUUGACCUUGUGGAGAGACUCAUACGCCACUUUCUAGAAAACGUCGACGUAUCGUCUCCGUCGUUGACGGUGGUUGGGAAACUGAUCGACGGAGUUCUUUGUGAAAUCGCAUCGGACGCUAAUCUCGAACCGGGAAGAUUCUACAAUCUCGCGGUCUCGCUACCAGAUGAAGCGAGGUUAUACGAUGACGGACUCUACAGAGCCAUCGAUAUAUAUCUCAAGUCGCAUCCGAGGAUACUGGAGGCAGAAAGAGAGAAGAUAUGUAGUGUGAUGGACUUUCAAAAGCUGACUAUAGAAGGUUGCACACACGCAGCUCACAACGAGCGCCUGCCACUGCGAGCCGUGGUAAAAGUCUUGUUCUUGGAGCAACUUCAGCUAAGGACGUUAGUAAAGGCAGUGACGGAAGAAGACGGUGGUGAGACGACGGCGGGAGGAGAAAAAGUGGACUUUGGGGUAUGGGAGAAAGUGGUGAGGGAGAAUCAGGUGCUUCGCUUGGAUAUGGAGGCGAUGAGGACGCGUUUAUACCAUUUAGAAAGCGAAUAUGUGAACUUGAAGGAAGUGAUCGCAAAGAUUGAUAAGGAACAUUUGUAUGGUAGGCUGCCAAGAAAGUGGUCCAUCAGCAAGAAGUUCGGAUGCAAAUUCAAGACACAGGUCUGUGAUUCGCAUGAGGCAAAGAUGGUCGAUCGAAGAUGUCAACGACGUUCAUAGUAGUACUAGUACUAUAUAUCUUGUACUUAUUGAAUUGUAUUUUUUCGGGGUUUUUAUUAUGUAAAAGGUUGAAAACUUUAUAUUAUGGUAUUUAACUAAUAUCAAAUUUUCUUAUUGUACUACCAUUUUUGUUCGGUAUAAAUGGGUAUAUCACUAUAUUAUGAC